GGGGGAGGGGAUGGAGGGGCAGGGAGAGGAGGGUUUUUAUUCUCAUAGCAGUCAUCCUUGUUACCUGUUGCUUGGACUGCACAUUAAAGGUCAAGAAUAUAUUCAGAUGAGGAAAUAUUGUGCAGUGCAUACAUACAAAUUUACCAUCGUGGACAAACUGUUUACAAUUACACUUAUUAUGAUUUUGUUGUUGUUCACUGCACUUUAAUUAAGCUUUGGGUUGCUACCUCAGUAGAACCUGUCUGCUUCAAAGGAUCAGCAAGCCAUCUGGAGUUAAUGUAAGCUAUUGUAGAGGUGUUGGAUUGCACGUAUAGACAGACAUUCAUUUUUUUCAAGUCCAUUGUUUUUAAAAUAAUUAGUUAUUUUAUCUUUUAUUUUGAAAAUCAUUAGGCAUAUGGCGACUGGUUAUGCAGAAGCAAUAGUGGUGGUGUUAUUCAGUGGUAACAGUGCUCUGUGAUUCAUUCAUAAGUCAUUCUAGAGGACUGAGAUUGCUCAGGGUCUGUGGGGAUCCUCAUUUAAAUUUUAAAGGAUUGUCCAAAACUGCAAUUGUCACAAAAGCUUCUUAUGCACUCUCUUACGUUAUCUCAAUGGAUCUUAUUUUGAUUUCAAGCUUUUCAACUGUGAAAUGGCAUGAAUUGAAGUAGGUCUUCAGUCCUCUGUUUAUUUCAGAUUUGUCUGGAGAUCUAACAAAUUUGAAAGCAUGAAGGACUGGUUGCAAACUGCUUUGUUUCCUUUUGGUUUAAAUAUUUUUAUUCCGAUGGCUGUCAUUAAACUCAUUAAACUCAUUAAAUAUAUUAUGGGGCAUUUAAAAUAAUGCAACAGUGUGUUCAGUGAAUGUUUAAUAAAAAGCAGGAUUUUAAGAAUUAAGAAUUUUAAGAAUUAAGAUGUGUUAUGAGUCACUGACAUAUAAUCUCUGUACUUACCUUACCCCUGUCCACAGUUUUCCAAUACAGUUUGCAUUUUGUAAUGAAGUUGAACGCAACAGAUAUGAAUUGCUUACAAGAAUAAUAAAUGCAAAGCAUAUAAGCAUUAUGUUCAUAAUUGGAAAAUAUACUUUUGAAUAAUAUAUGUGUCUGCUUCCAGACCUUGAUCUUCUCUUUAUUUAGAAGGAAAAAAUAUUUUUUGAUAAGUCCUUUUUCUACAUAUUAGCUAGUGAGUGUACUGCAAUUUUAUAAUCGUUGUUUACUUCUGUAAAUAAACUGUAGAUGUGAAACAAGCAGGUUUGUGAUGGGUAUAAAGUAUAUUUCACAGGAGAAGAAAAAUGAAACAAUGAAGCCCACCCUGGAGCUUAAAAUGAGAUCAAAAUUGCAUGCUCUGAAUGCAUUCAGGUAGCUGUGUCAAUAUGUAGGUAAUCUUACUGUCCUGUUCAUGUGGGCCACCAAGGGAUUUUCUCUGCUCCUGUUUCCAUGGUAAUUAGAAUUAGAUUAGUUUUAGGUUCACAGUGGGUAAAUGAGAUGAAGCUGUGGUGCAGUAUUUGUUAGACUGGAACAUAUUGGGUGUUUUUAGAAAUUAGCUCGAAGCAACUCUGGAAUUGUUGCUUUUUGGUUACUAUUGUUUUAGUUGUAUUUAUCAUGCACCGUAAAGUUUGCUUCUGAUUAGGCUGUCUGGUGGUAUCUGUGUUCUUUGUUUUCAUUGUACUGUAGUCUUUAAAGGAGAGUGGUGCCUGGAUUCUAGUGAUAAAAUACAUGUUGAGGAGGGAGUUUGCAUAAGUGCACAACUAUCUAUAUUGACUGUUCUAACGAAUCUUUAGCCUGUGACUGAUUUUUUCAGCAUUAUGCACAUGUGGCAGUGUGGUGUGGUUUUCAUCAGUAUCUAUCAUUUAUGGUGACUUUUUUGAAGGGCCAUUCCAAAAUCAUGCUGCUGUUCUGUAUUUGUUCUGCAGUUUUCAGGAAUGUACACAUGUAUGUAUAUGCAUAUAGAAAUAUAUAUAUAAGUGAUUAUUUUCUUCUAAUACUUGUUAAUACAUUUCCACCACCCUCAUCCCAAGAAUUUCUUUACCUUUCCUGCUUUCUAUGCAAUUGAAGUUAAGAAUAAUAUUUCUGGUAGAUGAUUUGAGGAAUAAGUAUCCUUUUAGCUAAGUCCUGUGCUGUUACAGUUCUCUCACUUGUAACUUGUAUUUCACUUACCAUCGUUGGACGCGAAUGGAUUGCAGAUGCUGAAGUGAGUGCUCCUGGUAGUAAUGUGUUGCUUCUGAAGCCCCUGAGAACGUGAUCUUUGUGACUUUACCCCCACCGUAUUUAACACUUGCAUUUUGUGUAAUAAUUAUCUGCCUAUUUUUGGGGCUGUGAGGGAUUUCACAAAAACACCAUCCUUAAAGAGAAUCUAGCCAUUGGUUUUAGUCCUUCUCUAGAACACCUAGGAGUAGCGGUAGAACUAGGCCAAAAUACAGUUGGGGAUAUCAAGACAACUUAAUUGUUCAAGUAAAAUUGAACUUCAGUUUUCCUGGAAUGUUUCAAUUGGCAAAAUUAAGCUGCAGCAAUCUGUACUCUUCUCGAGGAACGAAGGUGGAAGGUGUCAGUGGUUUCAAACACUUCCAAAUAGAAACAAUUGCUGUAGUGCUUUGCAGGCAUAAAGCGCUGGACAAUGCUGAUAGAAAUGUGAGAAGCUCAUAGUGACCUCCUUAGGGAUAGUGAAAUGGGCAGCUUACUGCUUCACCCUUUCCAUUCGGCUGCCUUGUGCAUCUCACUGUUUGGAUUGUUAGUGAAUUCUGGUGGUGGGAAUUCCAUAACUUAUCCCUUCUGCAAAGAUUGAAAUGUGUCAAUCAUUAGAAAAUUAUUUUUAGCAUCUACCUUAAAUUUCUUUUAGUAUGAACGAAAACCAUUUAUUUCUCGUUCUACACUUAAUAUACUUGAAAAGUAGUUGACUGUUCUCUUUUGAACUAUCUUGUAUAUUUUUGAAAUUUAUUAUAUUCCAUCUCAGUCUUUGAAAUCAACUUGCUUUAACACCUGAUCUGGCUAUUCUUUAAAAAGAUCUAUGCAAAAUGGAAGGAGUUCGUUCCAAAAUGUUAGGAAUGUCUGGAGAGUGAAAAAAAAAAAAUGAUAUUUUAAAGUACAGGUCUUUAUUUUGCAUAAGACACCCAUGUCAAAACUAUGUUUUAGCCCUUAAGACCUCUAAUUUUCCGGAGAAAAUAAAUAGAAAAUAGGAAAAUUCUACUAAGUGUUAAAAAACAUUUUAGGAGAUAAUUUUUAGGAGAUACAGAGACUUGCAACAACUUAGAAAGUUUGUUCAUUGUGCUCCAUUUCCAGCACAGCACAUUAAAUACAUUAACAGUAUGUUAACAUACCCUUGGAUUUGCUGUGAAAUUUUGGUACUGAUGGUUGAUGUCCUUAAUGUCUUACAAGAAAAAGAGAAAAUGAAAUCUGAGUUUCUGAAGGUUUUGAGUCCCAAAGCUGUGAAGAGGAAGGACUUACAGUUCCUUAACUGCAUCUGAAUUCAUGUCAUUAAGAUCAGUUAAAGGUGACUGACAGCUGUAUACAUUUUUCCUCAUUUAUAAAAGUAUUCCCUUAUUUGACACCUCUUACGUUACUAUUCUGCACCAGCUUGACAAAUCUGCUGCUAUGAAAUUUUAAAGUUAAGCCUUCCUUCAAGUGUGACAAGUAAUAUUUUUGCAACCUAGUUUUUUAAUCUAGAUUGAGAUGAAAAUUGAAGACUUUUGUGGUAAUUGUGCCUGUUUAAUAUUCUUCUAAAUACCGGGUUCUUCACAGCAGCACAUCGAGGGAUAAGAGACAAAUGGGCAUCAAUUGAAACAGAAGAGUAUUGCAUAUGGAGAGAAAGAAGUUCCCCCAUGUGGAUAGUGAUUUUAUUGGUGCUGCUGUCAGGAUUGAUUGGUGUUGUUUCAUGGAAGAGGCCCCUUUCGCUUGUGAUAACCUUUUUCAUGCUCCUCUCUGCAGUGUGUGUAAUGCUGAAUUUAGCUGGUUCCAUUCUUUCCUGUCAGAAUGCUCAGCUAGUAAAGUCCCUGGAAGGAUGUCAGUUGAUUAAAUUUGACAGUGAUGGUGUCUGUGUUUGCUGUGAAAUGCAGCAUCAAACGUCAGGUUGCAGUAACCUUGGAGAAAUGCUGAAACUGAACCCUCUGCAGGAAUGUAAUGUUGUGAGGUUGACCCUGAAGGACCUGUUGUUCAGUGUGUGCGCUCUGAAUAUCAUCUCCACCAUUGUCUGUGCUUUGGCAACAGCAAUGUGUUGCAUGCAGAUGGUUUCCUCUGAUCUUCUGCAAAUGUUUCUGCCACAGCGGCCACAUUCUGCCAAUGCAGACUGCAUGACUCCACAUGGGACUGUUCUGCAUCAAACUUUGGAUUUUGAUGAGUUCAUCCCACCAAUACCACCUCCACCCUACUACCCACCGGAAUAUACCUGCACACCUGUGGUAGAGGCACAGAGCAGAAGUCUCCAUUUGGAAUUUCCUCAUUCCCCAUUCAGUGCUUUAUAUGAAGUCACCAUUAACAGCCCAGGAAUGCUGUAUCCAACUGAGCUGCCACCUCCUUACGAGGCAGUGAUUGGAGAAACACCUGCCAGUCAGGUCACUGGUACUGAUCAGCAAGUAUCUGAAUCAAGCUUGGGUGAGAGGAAUGCGACCCUGGGCUUCAGCACACAAGUUUCUGUUGAGAGUGCCUCAUUGAUGACGUCUGAAACUGCUGAAAUCCCAGACCACAGCUGCUCCUCUGAAGAUCUUUGUUCGCUGGAAGUUCAAGGAUCUCUCCGUUCUUCGGAUUUUUCUCCCUCCUAUACAAACUGCAAAGGGGCUACAGGCCAGAGCUGCAGCAGUUUGGACUACAGCACCCGCUGCAGGUUCCACAGAACUCGCUCAGAAGCUUUUCCCGAUGAGGAUGUCAGUUUGCGCAGCAGAGUCUCUACGGACAAGUCUCAAGGACAGGAGAACGAAAGCUGUGCCCAUGGCAGAUCCUCAGACUGUUCCUCAGAGAAUUUCAACCCCUCAGAAAGAGAACUGGAGAGUACUGCUCAAGAAAGCAGUGUCUCAUCACAUUUGGAACAAAUGAAAAUCUGCUGUGGGGUCUUUAGCCAGCCUUCCGUCCCUUCCCACACCGCUCCCUGUUUUGGGCCUGCAAAUACUUCAUCAUACGUGAGCAGUUCUGAGAGUACUGUCCAGCAGCAUCAUGUUACAGAGCGCCGAAUUUCAAAUAUUGUCCGAUCAACUAGUGAUCCUGUAUCGUGUUCGUCUUACAUAGAAGGUGAUCAUUGUGCCUGGAGUCCUAUAUGUAGACAGCAUCAAGAUGCAGGAUCUUCAGCGACAUUAGAAACAGUUCCUGUUUCUGGUUCUCAUAUGGCUGCCUCUGCUUGUCAGCAUUCUUUGAGCAGUUUCCUACCAACUGGAAAACAGAGGGAUACAAGGAAAAUUGAUCUACACUUAAAGCCAAAGGCUUUGCAGACAGUCUCAAAAGAACGACCACACUCUUUAGUGGACCUUAAGGCCUAUAAAGAUACAAAAAUUUUAGUGGCAAAAUUUUUGGAACAUUCAAACUGUAAUCUCCCUCCAGAAGUACGUCAUGUAGUGAACAGUAUACGGUCAGUAAUAAAAUCUGAUGAAAGACACAUGGAAGAAGCCAUCUUCAGUGCCAAUAUUAUAGACCAGGUAAUUACAAGUUCCCAGCUGAGUGUGAAUACCUCUAGAAAGCGACUUCAGGAAGACCUUCAUCUUCAGAGUUGUGGUGCUCUGAGCUCUCCAGUUGCCUUCUUACGCAGGUCCCAUAUCACUCGCAGCUUAGAGCGGGACAGGCCUCACAGUUUAAUUGGAGUUUGCCAGGAGACCAUCCUUUGAUAAUAUGCACAGGAAAAGAAGUUACCUCCGAUUUAUGGCAAAGGAGGUAGUGGAAGAUCUGGCCAGGGUUGUGCAUGAUCCUACUCUAAAUUCAGUAGAUUUUGGUAAACCAGAGGAUCUUGUUCAUCCAUUGAUGAUUUCUCUAAAAGUACUGCAGAGAGAUGUCUUAUUCCCAAGGUAAGUUGGAAAUGUUCCGUCAAAGUGAAUUAAAAUACAUAUAAAUUUUUAUCUCUGCUCUUUGAACACUGAUUUAUUUUUACUACAAAUGCUGUUGUCAGAAGUUAAGAGACUUAGCUGACAUGCUUAAUUGACUGGUUUAAUUCAAACAGCAGGCUGAGGUUCAGAAUCAUGCCAUGAACUCUUGAAAUGAGUGUAAAAACAUACUGAAUGUACAUCUGAUUGUUCAAAGAUGUUUUGUUAAUUGUUAUCAGUGCUCAACUCCAAUUGACUGAUGGUUUUAAUACUGUUAAGACAUUUUUCAAUCGAUAUUUUUUCAAAAGUUUUAAGUCUUUGAUAAAAAUUAAAGAUUAUUUAAUGAAUA